CUCCCGGGCAUUUAAAGGGGACGCGGCGGCUGCCCGGGGGGAUGGGGGGCAGGUGGAGGGGGCGGCCCAGACGCACAUCAUCCACGGGCCCUCGGGACUGGAGGGACUCGUGAGCCGGAGCCCAGAAAUCCGGGGGUGGAUAAGACACCGCGUCCCCUCCAAUUCCCGUAAGCACCCUUUGCCCCAUCCUGCGCCCAAAUACCUCAGCUAGCCCCUCUCCCCCAUUCUUUACACUCCAAACUAAGCCGGGACAGACCUCUACCGCUGCCACUCCCCACCCAUCUGGAGAAGCUCCUAGAGCCUGUCCCCCUUUUCUCUGAGGGAGUCUUUUUGGUGACCACAAAAGGAUUUGGUCACUUAGGACAGAGCUGCCAGAGGAGCUCUGGACGACGGCUGGAGGCCGACAGAGUCCCUACAGGUGGUGCCCAGGGUGAUGCAGUGACAAUGAGCGGGUGUUUUCCAGUUGCUGGCCUCCGAUGCCUGUCUAGGGUAUGUCGUGGCCUGGCUCGGGAAGCUCCUACCUCCCCAAGCCCCACUGCUUCUGCUGCCCGCUGCCUUCGGACUCUGGCAGAAACCCCACCCGCUGACGUGUUCCUCCCAGGGAAUUGGUCUUGGAUGUGCCAGCGCCUCUGGCCGUGGCCCGCUAACCAGCCUCUCCCGGGCCGGCCCGCGCCGCGCCCCCUCUCGCUUGCUCCCUCCUCCUCCUCCUCCUCCUCCUCCUCCUCCUCCCUCCCCUGCUCCCAGGACGGCGGGAUGGCCGCGCAGGGCGCGCCGCGCUUCCUCCUGACCUUUGAUUUCGACGAGACGAUAGUGGACGAAAACAGCGACGACUCGAUCGUGCGCGCCGCGCCGGGCCAGCGGCUGCCCGAGAGCCUGCGGGCCACCUACCGCGAGGGCUUCUACAACGAGUACAUGCAGCGCGUCUUCCAGUACCUGGGCGAGCAGGGCGUGCGGCCGCGGGACCUGCGCGCCAUCUACGAGGCCAUCCCCCUGUCGCCCGGCAUGAGCGACCUGCUGCAGUUCGUGGCCAAGCAGGGCUCCUGCUUCGAGGUGAUCCUCAUCUCGGAUGCCAACACCUUCGGCGUGGAGAGCGCGCUGCGCGCCGCGGGCCACCAAGGCCUGUUCCGCCGCAUCCUCAGCAACCCGUCGGGGCCCGACGCGCGGGGGCUGCUGGCGCUGCGGCCCUUCCACACGCACAGCUGCGCGCGCUGCCCCGCCAACAUGUGCAAGCACAAGGUGCUCAGCGACUACCUGCGCGAGCGGGCCCACGACGGCGUGCACUUCGAGCGCCUCUUCUACGUGGGCGACGGCGCCAACGACUUCUGCCCCAUGGGGCUGCUGGCGGGCGGCGACGUGGCCUUCCCGCGCCGCGGUUACCCCAUGCACCGCCUUAUCCAGGAGGCGCAGAAGGCCGAGCCCAGCUCCUUCCGCGCCAGCGUGGUGCCCUGGGAAACGGCCACCGACGUGCGCCUCCAUCUGCAGCAGGUGCUGAAGACGUGCUGAGGACCGCGGCCUGCAGGGGGCGCCCGGGCGGAGGA